CAAAAGUUAAAAUUGGUUAAAACCUCAAAACUCAGCUAGAGUAGCUAGCUAGUCAAAACUCAAAACACAAGCGAAAAGUGAAUACAAAAAGAGAUAAGGGAUUGAUAAAGUGUCUGUAAUUUUGGUUUCGGUAAUUGUUACAAGAAACGCAAUUCAAAACUGUUGACAUUCAUAUAUUUUUACAGAAAGAUAAUUAUGCCCCAAUAUAAAGUUAAAGUGAAAUGGGGCAAGGAAUCCUAUCCAAACAUUGAGGUUAACACCAAUGAACCCCCAUUGUUAUUUAAGGCACAACUAUUUGCCCUCACAGGAGUGCAGCCAGAGAGGCAGAAAGUAAUGAUCAAAGGUGUAACUUUGAAAGAUUCUGAUUGGGACAACUUCAAACUGAAAGAUGGUGUUACUGUCUUAUUGAUGGGCAGUAAAGAAGAAGAUGUUCCAAAAGAACCAGUUGAAAAAAUUGUCUUUGUGGAGGAUAUGAAUGAGAGUGAAUUAGCUACUGCUCUGGAGUUACCUGCUGGCUUAACAAAUUUAGGAAAUACCUGUUACAUGAAUGCAACAGUUCAAUGUUUGAAGGCAGUACCUGAGUUGAGAGAAUCCCUACUUAAAUUCCAAGGGGGUGUUGCAGCUUCAGGAAGUGUAAUUCCAGCACAGUCAAUAACUGCAGCUCUCAGAGAUCUUUACAGUAGUAUGGAUAAGGGAAAUAACGUUCCUCCUGUGGUGUUGUUGCAAGUAUUACAUAUGGCAUUCCCUAGGUUUGCAGAAAAAAAUGAACAUGGUACAUUUGCUCAACAGGAUGCUAAUGAGUGUUGGACUGAAAUUAUCAGAAUGUUACAACAAAAGCUACCUGCACGACAAAAUAAUGGUACCCCACAGGAACAAUUCAAGUCAUUUAUAGAUCAAUAUUUCGGUGGUACUUUUGAUUGUGAAUUAAAAUGUGUUGAAGCUGAAGAUGAACCUGUCUCAAAAAGUAAAGAACAGUUUUUACAACUGAGCUGUUUCAUUUCCCAAGACGUUCGAUAUAUGCACUCAGGACUCAAGAAUAAAUUACAAGAGCAGUUGACGAAAAAAUCUCCAACUUUAGAUAGGGAUGCAAUUUAUACCAAAAUGUCAAAAAUUAGUCGAUUGCCGGCGUAUUUAACUGUACAGUUUGUGAGAUUCUAUUACAAAGAAAAAGAAUCAAUAAAUGCCAAGAUCUUGAAAGAUGUCAAAUUCCCCAUGGAUUUUGAUGCAUUUGAUUUGUGUACCCCAGAGUUACAAGAAAAACUAGCACCAGUUAGAGCCAAAUUCAAGGAAUUUGAAGAUAUGCAAAUUGAGAUUGCUUCAAAGGAUAAGGAUAAAAAUAAAGGGGAUGUAAAAGCUAGUGAAGAAAAGAAGUAUGCCCCUUAUUGUUUUGAAGAUGAUUUAGGAAGCAACAAUAGUGGGUACUAUACUUUACAAGCAGUUUUAACUCAUAGAGGGCGCUCUUCAUCUAGUGGCCAUUAUGUUGGGUGGGUUAGACAAUCUGGUGACAACUGGAUCAUGUGUGAUGAUGACAAUGUCUCGCCAGUAACCACUGAAGAUAUUCUAAAAUUGUCUGGCGGAGGUGAUUGGCACUGUGCUUAUGUUUUGCUUUAUGGUCCAAGACUGCUGGAAAUCGUCGAACCAGAGGAAAACAUGGUAACUGAAUGAUCUUAUGAACAGUUCUAAUUUGUGAUGUAUAAAUCUAAUAUUUCUAAAUUUUCUUAUACAGUGUGCAUGAAAUUAUGCCCAUAAAUCCACAAAUGAAAUAAAACGAUAAUGUGAA